AUGAGUGGCGAAAGUUUACCCACGUUUAACCCGAACGAAAACGACGGAAACGUAUACGCAGCAUGGAAGCGGUGGCUCAGAGCCUUCGAAUUAUUUGUGGCGAGUAAAAACGUUACAGACAUUAACGGGAAAAAAGCAAUGUUAUUGCACCAUGGUGGACUCGAAUUGCAGGACGUUUUCUAUACAUUGCCAAACGCAGAUAUUGUCGAGGAAGGAGAAAACGCGUACGAAAAAGCAAUGGACGCUCUGACGACGCAUUUCAAGCCGAAAUUAAACAUGGCGUAUGAGAGGCACGUGUUUCGUCAGUUAAAACAAAAGGAAGGUGAGACUAUGAACCAGUACAUCACGAGGCUAAGACAGCAAGCGAAGAAUUGCGAGUUUCCAGCGGAGGAAAUAGAAAUUUGUGGGCAAAUUGUGGAAAAAUGUACGUCGAACGAAAUUCGGCGGCGCCUCCUUGAGAAGGGGGCUUUCAAGUUGAGUGACGUCAUAGAAGUUGCUAGAACGAUCGAGGCGAUCGAGCUAAAAACAAAAGACAUAGAAAAGUCAACGGUCGCUGCGACGCACAGCGUGAAGAAAGAGAGAAAGUUCGAGAAGGUGACAGAGAAGAAAAAACACAUUCAAUGUUUUCGGUGUGGAUACACAGGACAUACGUACAAGGACGAAAGGUGUCCGGCAAAAUCGAGAACGUGCAGUAAAUGCGGAAAAAGGGGUCAUUUUGCGACGGUGUGCAAAUCGCAGAUGACGUCGAGCAACGGAGGAAGGCGAGAACCACCACGCAGAGUGAGGGUCAGGGAGCUGGAUGAAGAGGCCGGCGCGGUACAAUCGAGAUAUGCAUUUGGUUUACAAACGGAUUGCCGGAUCAGUGCGAUGCAAGAGGGACAAAGUAUGGACGUUAAGAUAGGCGGUAUUAUUUUAAAUAUGUUAAUUGAUUCAGGGGCACAGUGUAAUGUGGUCGAUGAAAACACGUGA